CGAUCGAUUGCCACCCCAAAGGGAAAACGUCCUUACAGCAUCCACACUGAAAUGCCCAGUAGGUCCAUCUCUCACACACAAACGCAAACGGUCAUCUCCCAGCCGUCCUCACCAGUUUCAGAGCUUCCGUGAUCUUUGCCUUCGUGUCAUCAUCCGCAUCAGUCAGACCUGCCCGCGGCGCAGCCACACAGCCAAUGAACACAAAUGCUGAAUCAAGCAAUCAGCCACUGCUCACCGGAGAGCCUGGUCUGGGCCUCCUGCAGCAUGUAGGGCUGGGCAACGCCACUUCGCGACAGCCCCCAUAUGGUGUCGGCCAGUGUGCGGUCAGACAUCCUGUGGACCUGCAGACAGACAGCCACGCAGACAUUGCACACGUCGUCAACAUUCAGACGAGCGUCUUGUCUAUCCGUCGAUGAAUUCUUCGUCGUCUGACCUGUUCAGCUGCCUGUUCAGCCACCGCCGUGCCCAGCUCACGGCGAAUCGACUGCACCACACACCAACCAAACAUUCGGGCUUCACCUCAUUCCAGCGUCCCUACCUGAUUCCUGCCCCGCGCCACUGCAGGUCCACCAGCUGUGGUGCCGAGCGUCCAGCUGAGCCUGGCCAGGUCGUUAGGGCUGACCAAGCCACUCUCGCCACGCGAUGCAAAUCGCCGGCGGAGCUCAGUGUACCCGACAUCGAAUAGCUGCACGGAAGAGGAGGCGAAACAUUGAUGCGAGAUGAGACGGAUGGGUACCUGGCUGGCUGGCUCGCUCACCCGCGGAUGCUCAUCGGCGGCGCCGAGGGAGGCGUAGCAGGACAGAAGGCGGACCCAUUGUGGAGUGGUCAGAGCAGCGCGACAAGACAGGGCCUCCGUUUCAAGCUCCUGCACACAUGUAAACAAGGAAGAAAUGACGUCUCCGUGUCAGCCUUUCUCGUGUUGUCCUGACCGUGAAAAGCUCCUGCUCAUACACGCCAACGGUUGCGAAUGACUGCGCACACGUGACGAUGUCGACGGGCUGGAACUCCUGCAGUUUGGCCGACACCUUGCGGGCCAACGCCUGGAAGGAACCACGAUCCACACGGGGAUAUAUGGACCUGACAAGGACAUGACGCAGGCCGUUUAUCCAUGAUGAUACAUCUGUGCUCUGCUUCAUGGUGUGCGCUUGCUCACUUCAUAAGGUCCCACACCGUCUCCGAGAGCUGCGGGAUCCGUCCGCGACGCAGACUGCUCGACGCCUCCUGAAUGACCGACCAGUCACACAGCAAACAGGAAUUGAGCUCAUUCUUCUCUCUCCGAUGCCACUGACGUACCUUUGCAGCCGCCUGAUAAAAGUCCAGAGGCGGGCUGUCUGGCUCUGACGAUUCCUUGGAUGCAACGGACGACAGCAACACCACCGCUUCCUGACACAACACAGAAUGAUACAAGCCAAUCGAUAUGCUCAUUCCCAUACUUCUGUGCGUAUGGACGAGCCUGAGGAGAGAAUUCUCCUAUCUGGGUGGCGGCCUUGUCAGCGAUGGCCCGGAUGAGGCGACCACUCUGAUCCCCCUGAUGCGUCUCGUUCAUGGCCGCGUGGUACAGCAGCACAUGCUGGAGCUUCGAGUAUGCGUAUGUGACGUCCCGCAUGUCCUCGGGUGUCAUCUCGUGCACCCUCUCGACCAAGUGGUCAGCCACCGACACCAGGAAUGACGUGUGUAGCUGGGUGAGGGCCGACCGCUGGUGCAGGGCCGUCAGCUGCCGUUCCAUGCGGCAUGCGGCAAGCAGGAUGUGGCUGAUGGACUGCAGGCUCAUCGACAUCAGCCGGGGCGUGGCGAAACGCACAGUCAGCUCCAGCAGAUCCAGAUCGACCAGGUCCGCCUGCACCAGGCAACGGGGGUGGCGGAUGCAUCACAUGACGGUCAUCUCUGGCUGCGUCUGACCUGAUUGAGCGCCCACAUGACAAUAGACACCUCCUGCGGCUUGACCGAACCCUGUGCCAGCGCCCGUUUGCCACCACCACCGUCGCCGCCAAUGUCUCUCCUCAGUCGAGUCUUGACUUCAGCGGCCAGCGCACUAAAGACGUCUUCGUCGAACCACUUGAGCUUGGCGUAUCCCCACAUGAUGAUGGCGAUGGCUUGCGACGAAUAGCUGCUGAACGACGAUGUGCUCAGCAGCCGCUUGCGGGACUCCUCGUACAAGGCAUCGGGGGGAUCAUCCGCAACGGCAAACGACCACACCAGCAGGGCCAAAUCCUGACGGGAAAAGAGAUGGGAAAAAUGAUAGCCACCUCACCACGUGAUGUGCUUCGGGUGUGCGGUGUAGUGCGGUGUAGGUACCCGUGGUGGUGCUUGUUGGAGCAGCUCGGCCGUGAUAGCCUUCCCGAUCAUUCGCAGCGCCUUGCGCACCAGCUCCACCACCACUGCAGACUCCGAUAUCAACACUUGGCCCCCGCUCUCACCCCCAUCAUCGUCAGACUCCAAUUCCUCAGCAGACGAAAUGCUCGCGUAAGAAUGUCGCCGCAGAUGUGUGCUCAUGGCCCACGCAAUGGUGGUCAGCUGUCCAGUCGAGAGGGAACCCCGAAGCAGCAGCCAGUUCAGCCGCGGAAUGGCGGCCCGCAGGAGGGGAGCCGACAGUGUGUCCAGCUGCAUCCACCAACAACAGGCAUGGAAGGGACCUGAGGUCUAAGAGAGGUUGCGUCCAUAAGCUUACCUUGACGGCAGCCCACAGAGUAGUAGUCAGUGCCCCUGCCCCCAUGCUUGAUGCCUGACGCACGCAGGAAAGAGCAAAGAGAUAUAAUGGCUCUCAGGGCGCAUGUGCGUACAACGCCAGUUGCCUACCCUUUCUGCGACGUGACGCCCCAGCAGGUCCAGCACAUGUGCGCUAUCCUCGGUCAAGCUGCGCUGUGGACGCUUUCUAGAUGGGGAAACCUCAUCAGAAUCGCCGUCUGAGCCAGCCUCGAGUCGAGAAGGUAUGGGCAUGUCUGCAGUAAGGGCGUCGGCUGUGCCGCCCCGGGAAGGGCCUGACUGCAUGGCGAGGCUCCUCAGCAAGCGAGUGGCGAGAGCUGUGCGCCUGCGCACCCCCUGGUCGCACUCCAGGGAGGCCCUGACCUGCAAGCAGUAAGGAUGCGGCAGAGUCCAAAUCAGUGCACGCUUUGUGUUGUGGUGUCCUUGUAUUCAGUCACCAAUCCACUGACCCACUGACCUGCGUCAUGAUGAGCGAUGACAGCCCAUCAUCCUGCCUGGACAGAUCAAGAGCUCCUUUGGCAGCGAGGCAGCUGGCGAUCUCAAUGACCCUGUAAUCGGACAGCUCGCCUAGGUGCUCACGCCACAACCUGAGACAGCAACAAAUCAAGUGGGGGCAUGCACAGGAUGCAUGUCAUGCCAAUGCACCUACCUCUCGGCUAGUGGCUGAAUGAUGUCACUCAGGCCGGCGCACAUGUCCUUGGCCUGGAGGCCAUCCUGCUCGCCCAACUCGACAAGUGAAGUGAAUGCGAGGCUCACCACACUCGCCAGCCCCAGGACGUAAGGGGCAUCGACCUCUCCAGCCGACAGCCGCCCCUCCGCUUCCCCGACGUACGCCCUGACGAAGACGGUCAUCACAUCUUUGAUGCUCUUGACCUCCUUUGCAGCAGCCAGGCGACCACUGGUGCUGCCGUUGAUGACUUCUCGAAGGGUUGCGCGCAGCGCGACGGCCAGGCACCUGCCGAGCUCCACAAUGACCCCAUUGCUGUAGGACUCAAGAUGUCCCUGCGUCUCGUUCAUGAUUGAUGCGAGGUCGGUGAGCGAUGGCUUCCUGGCUCGGGCCCACGCCCUCAAGACGUUGGCCCUCUCCUUGUCUCGCGACUGAGAGAAGCGCUCCAGAGCGAGAGGGAACAGUCGACGCACGAUCUGCUGCAGUAGGCUGUCUGCUGUGGUGACGUUCCCUCCUUCCUCGCGGAUCUUCUCCAGCCGCUGCAGAUCGAUGGAGAAGCUCGAGAGGAGCAUUGCCAGGGCUGCUGGCUUGGGUGCAGCUUGUCCGCCUUCCAGCUUCGGCAGCAUGGCAUUCACCGCCACAGCAGCAUCCUGGAAAGGCCGACCCUGAAGUAGGAAAACAACGAACAGAAUGAAGCCAUAACACGGCUCGCUGUGUGUCGGCUUACCGUGACACCGAAGAAAGAGAGACUCUCGACGAAGCUGGCGACAUCGUGCAGAGGAAGGCUACCCCAUCGCCCCUCAAGCCACCGCAGAGUGGCACUAAUGACAUCAUCACUCCAGUGCCCUGUCUUGGCGAGCGCUAACAUGGUCUUGGAUAGCUCUUGUGACGCCACCAUGUCCUCUGCCGCAUUCCUGCGCCCCUGCUCUGCCAGCUCCAGUCGAAGCAGUGUCUGGUUGGCCACUGCAGUCAUGGUGCGGUUCAGCAGCUGCUGCUGAGUGUUUUCUCUGGGCGCAUCGUGUUCAGCGGGCGGGAAGAGAAGUGUUGCGCUCCACGCGACUGUCGCGACGUCCUUGUGGCUGCCCCAGAGCUUGUAGGAGGCGCAGCAGGCCUCCAUGCUCUGACAGAUUCCUCGAAUGAGAAGCUCAUCAUAGACCCUGGCCGACGCAAAAGCCCAAGCGAGACUCGCCUCGUCUCGUGGAAGCAGCCUCAGUGUGCGCUUCCUGCGAAGAUCGACCUGUGCCGUGGAUAACGGCAGGCAUUGUGCGACACUCCUCAGGAAGGCUGGUGUGACGGCGCCCGUCCUGGCCAGACCCACGACGGAGAGCACCAACUCCUUGGCGGUGAACGACUCACGACGCAGACGAUCUCCGACAGUCGCAAGCAGACGGUCCCGCAACUCGUUGGCUCCAUCGACGUCAGCUUUAUUGACCUUGGAAGGCAUCAAGAGACGAGAGGCACAAAGGAUCCUUGAGCUCUGUGUUGUUUUUUCACAGUGAUAUCUUACUUCCUGCAUCAAUGAAGCAACCUCUGCAAUGCACCGCGGAGAGAAACCAGGGAGCCCCUCAACAAUGGACUGAAGGCAGCGGGCCAUCAAGUCGCUGCCCUGCGGCGGGAGCCGGUCGGAGAGCAGCACCUUCAGCAGCUUGACCUGUUGGUCGCAGGACCACUUGCCACAUAAAGACCCAACAUGAUCCAUAUCGACAGACCGGAAGGCCUCUGCAGCCGUGAGAGGCCGCACCGGAGAGGGCACCCGUGAAAGGGAGUAAAGUAAGUCGGGCAGAUGGCUCUCAAGGCGAGUCCAGCUGUCAUCAUCCUCCACCCCUCGCCAUGCUUCGCAUCUUGAGGUUACCUCCCGGCCGAUAGCCACCCGCAGCCGUCGGUCGAUAUCUCUCGACGCCGCUGCCGGUGGUGCCAUCACCUCGAGGUUCCACAUGUGCUGCGUCAGCUCCUCUGCCGACAGCUGUUGUAAAAUGUCACUUGCCGCCGAAAGGGCAUGCACUCUGUCGAACAAAGGCCUCCAUGCCGGGCUGUUGAGCGCCUUCAUCUGCCGGAGCUGCCCGAGGAUGACCAGCAGCUCGGACGGUGCGAUUGCGCCAUGAAGCGGAGCUAGCCAAGCACGCUCGUCGUGUGAAUCGAGCUGAGGCAGUGACGCCUGGAUCACGCGCAGCAUCAUCUCGCGAAUACUGCCAUCGGACAGAUAGAGCCGCUGAGCGGCUAGCAAGCUCCGCAUAAAUAAGGCAGCAGGCAACGCCGGCUCGAUCAACUCUCUUCCUUCGCAUCGCCGAAGCAGCUCCUCGAGAAAGCCACAAAGGGAGCUGACAAUCGUGUUCAGAUCCGUCGAGUGAGUCAUGGCAAGUGCAGAAGCCGCAUCGCCCGAUGGCAGCCCUCCAAGUGAAGCAAGCCUCUCAAAGUUUUGGAUUGCUUCGCUUGUCUUGACGAUCCGCUCAUGCUGCGCCUCACUGCUCCCCAUCCCAUCAUAUGCUGCUUCUCCUGCUGCAGUCACCGACUCAUCUUUCGGCGCGCGUUGCCGCCUCCUCUGUGUCAAAGCUCGAUCAUCGUCGGCACUCAAGUGCUGCGCUCGCUGCUUCUUCCGUCUUCUCGGCCGAUGUCCAAAGUCCGCAUCCAGGAAGGGAUCUUCGACGCCUCCUCUAAAAGCAGCGGGGAAAGCUGAGCUGUCCACAGGUUGACGCAGCUUCAAGCGAGCGGAGAGCUGCGAUAACGAGUCUGGUCUGCCGAUGGAUGAGUCGGAGCGGGGUUGCUUGGACGAAUGGAUCCUGAAUGCCGACGGGACGAUGAAUGCUCCGCUGCCUCGCAGCUCACAGCAUCCAACCAGGGAGAUACUCGCGAGCAGCUUCAUUCACCAAUUGAUCCACAUACCUCUCCCGCGCUCAUUGCUGUCCUCAGCUCAUACGAAGGGG